CAGGCUUGUUGCUGUUGUCACAUUGACCCAAAAACGAAUCCCUGACGCAAGCACUUGACAGAUUGAUGGUAGGCAUCGCCUGAUUCCUCCCGUCCUGCCAUCAUCCAGGCCAGCCGCCUACUGAGCCAUUCAUGAAUGAACCACUCAAGGAAUCUCCAUCCGCCUAUCACUGCUAAUGAUUCCGCACCUUGAUGAAUGAGCAGACCACCAUAUGAUGCAUCCGGCUAAGAGGAGACGCCUGGAUCAAUCCACUGCAUCUCUAACAAAGCCUUUCCGCUCACCGCUACGAAAAGAUCCUAGUGAUCCUUCCCACAAACCAAACAUUACCAGCCCGGAUACGAAGCUUCAUCUGGACACUAAAUUAUCGCCACUCGUGACUACUUCGAUUGAUUCAGCCGAAACAACCAAAAAGCCUCACGGCUCCGCUUCCACAGGAUUCGCUGGAACAGCCAAUGCCGAGCACAGAGAAUUACAAAAAGAACAUGUUGCUUUGACGCUUCAUCUGAAGAAACUAUGCCAGUCGCUUGAUGUUGCUCAGCAAGCCCUACAGAUUGAGACAUCAAACCAGAUCGUGCAGUUACAAGUCUUGAUCUCCAAGUGGAAGGCUGUUGCCCGGGAUGUUGCUGAACAGCUAUUUGAUGAAGCCAAGGAACGAAUCGACCACAUGGGUGGAUUCAAGGCAUGGCAACAUCGUGCUCAAGAUGAUGCACGUCUCUGGAACAAAGAUGAGAAGACAACUCACCACUAUCCCGAUGAUAGAAGGGACGAGAACGACAGCCAGCCCGAGAUUGCGACCGCUGACAAAGAUAAUUUCGACGCAGCAAACCACUCGAGUAACGAAGAAGAAGAGCCGGAUACGUUCACGAUGGAGACGAUGCUUCGCGAAAUGAACAUCGACCUGCAGCUGAUCGGGUAUGACAAGGAGUCCGAAGGCUGGCUUGUCUGAAAUCUCGAAGAUGACCGCCCACCCACUGGAAAGCCAACUUCAAGGAGGAGGCUCUCACGGCACGAACUGUGGCUCUGUGGGUAGGACAGCCGACUCAACUCUCUGUCGGCAUGCAGUGCUAGCGGCCCAGACUGGGUGAGUCGCAGCUGAUAUUACCAGGGAAACCAAGGUGAAGGUUCUUCUUCUCUCCCGGGUUCGCCAUCAUGACGCACAGGACCUGAAACCAUCAAGGACAGACAGUCAUUGCCAGGUUGCUGAUGCUGGUAUGAGGCAUGAAGGACGAAUCCCUCGGCUCUGAAGAGACUGAGUGGUGAAUGCCGACUGCUCUUUUGAAGGCCGAAUAUCUGAACAUAUAGCCCGAUGCUGUUGCUGAGAGCGGUAGAUGGUUCUAUUUGGUGGAUGCAAACAUCCCUCGCAAUAGCGAACUUUCCGAUGGAUGGCAGUUGUGCAAUGUCAUCUCAUGACGGGAGGUCGACUUUGUUUAUUCCAGACCACUCGACUCUUGAC